GCUGCUGUCACUUGAAUGCAUUUAUUAUUUUCAAACGAGUGAUAAUAGAAAACAUUUAUUUACAUUGUUAUUUACCGUGGAAUCAGUCGAAAUGUUUUUCAUUUAAUUCCAUCAUUUAUCCUCUUCGUCCAACGUAUUCGCUCUGAAGUCGUCAGUAAUGUAUUUAUGAAGGAAAAUAGUUUACGAGUCCAUCCAUUUAAACAAUGACAGCGUCCAUUCCUCGAAUAAUGGUCUUCCGACCGACAUGGGAUGAAUUUCAAAAUUUCUCCGCAUACAUUGAAUACAUGGAGUCACAAGGUGCACACAAGGCUGGCCUUGUUAAAGUCAUCCCACCAAAAGAGUGGGUACCACGGAAAAGUGGCUAUGACAUAGACAAAAUUGAUCUCACCAUUCCCGCCCCAAUCACUCAAAUUGUUUCCGGUAAACAAGGAUUGUACCAACAGAUUAAUGUUCAACGGCGUGCGAUGUCUCUGUCACAGUUUGCUGAACUGGCAAACUCUGAACGCUACGCAACGCCACCCCAUUUCGAUUACGCUGAUCUCGAACGGAAAUAUUGGAAAAAUGUGACGUACGUAGCACCGGUGUAUGCAGCGGAUGUUAGCGGUACAUUGACUGAUCCGGAUGUAAAAGUUUGGAAUUUAAACCACUUAGGAACGAUACUGGACUACGUCAACAAAGACUAUGGCAUAUCAAUAGAUGGUGUCAACACGGCGUACCUAUAUUUCGGGAUGUGGAAAACCACAUUCGCGUGGCACACUGAAGACAUGGAUCUGUAUUCUAUAAACUAUUUGCAUGCAGGCGCUCCAAAGACAUGGUAUGCGAUACCGCCCGAAUACGGCAUAAGAAUGGAACUGUUAGCGAAACGCUUCUUUGCCGAAAACUAUGAAUCUUGUAAGGCACACCUUCGUCACAAAAUGACACUGAUCAGUCCGUACAGAUUAAGACAACACAAUAUUCCAUUCAACAAGAUAACGCAAGAGCCUGGCGAAAUAAUGAUCACCUUCCCGUACGGUUAUCAUGCCGGAUUCAAUCACGGCUUCAAUAUGGCCGAAUCGACAAACUUUGCGGCACCCAGAUGGGUGGAGUAUGGAAAGCGAGCGUCACAUUGUCAGUGCAGGAAGGACAUGGUUCGAAUAUCAAUGGACACAUUUGUUAAGCGUUUUCAGCCAGAAAAGUAUGAAAUGUGGCUGAAGGGUCUCGACAAGGGCCCACAUCCAGAAAGUAGAUCAAAUGAAUCAUCACCAGUCCAAAAAACCGAAAAAUUAUUACCUAAGAAAACCAAAUCCAAAACAAGGAAACCCACCGCUAGAGAAACUUGUAACAUGUCGUGUAUAUGGACUGGUGGAGCCGGUGUUGCAAGAAAUCUUUUGCAGGAGGGAAUCAUCAAGAAUACAAAUAAAUUGCGUCAAGUGAAUAGGUCAAAUGUAUUAGUAGCGGAAUGAGUGUGACGAGACGGUGACGAGUACCAAGACGUAUUGGUCGCAGUCAGUGCAAGUGUUAGUUUUGAAGAAAUUUUAGACCUGAAGUUAUGUCAAAUGAAAGAAAUACAUUUCGGUAACACAUUCGAAACUGAACCACACAAAUGUC